GGAGGUAAAUAACGUGUUCCAUGACAAUCUGUCAGGACCUGGGAGACGCUUCUUCUUCCGCCCUGGCCUGGCCAUAGCAGAGAGUAUCUGUUGCAGUCAUGUCGGCUGCGAUUGCAGCUCUAGCUGCUUCUUAUGGCUCGGGUUCGGGGUCCGAAUCGGACUCGGACAGUGAGGGCAGUCGGUGUCCGCUGCCAGCCGCGGACUCUCUCAUGCACUUAACCAAAUCGCCUUCAGCCAAGUCCUCUCUGACCGUGGCGGUGGACUCGGCUCCGGAGGUGGCAGUUAAGGAAGAUCUGGAGACUGGAGUUCACCUCGACCCUGCUGUCAGAGAAGUUCAGUACAAUCCCACCUAUGAGACCAUGUUUGCUCCUGAGUUUGGACCAGAAAAUCCCUUUCGAACACAGCAAAUGGCUGCCCCUAGAAAUAUGCUUUCGGGGUACGCAGAGCCGGCGCACAUCAACGACUUCAUGUUUGAACAGCAGAGAAGGACAUUUGCCACAUACGGCUACGCACUGGACCCUUCGUUAGAUAAUCACCAAGUGUCUGCUAAAUACAUUGGCUCUGUGGAAGAGGCUGAGAAGAAUCAAGGCUUAACUGUAUUUGAAACCGGUCAGAAGAAAACAGAAAAGAGGAAAAAGUUCAAAGAAAACGAUGCAUCUAAUAUUGAUGGUUUCUUGGGACCGUGGGCAAAAUAUGUGGAUGAAAAAGAUGUGGCCAAGCCUUCAGAAGAAGAACAAAAGGAAUUGGAUGAAAUCACAGCAAAGAGGCAGAAAAAAGGCAAACAGGAAGAAGAGAAACCUGGGGAGGAGAAGACAAUCUUACAUGUUAAAGAAAUGUAUGACUAUCAAGGCAGGUCCUACCUUCACAUACCUCAGGAUGUUGGCGUUAACCUGCGGUCGUCUGUGCCACCUGAAAAAUGUUACCUUCCCAAAAAACAAAUUCAUGUGUGGUCUGGACACACAAAGGGUGUCAGUGCCGUCAGGCUCUUUCCUCUCUCCGGACAUUUGCUGUUGUCUUGCUCCAUGGACUGUAAAAUUAAGCUAUGGGAAGUUUAUGGAGACCGGCGCUGUCUGAGAACAUUUAUUGGUCACAGUAAAGCCGUGAGAGACAUUUGCUUCAACACUGCGGGGACACAGUUCCUCAGUGCGGCCUACGACAGGUACCUGAAACUCUGGGACACCGAGACAGGACAGUGUAUAUCAAGAUUUACAAACCGCAAAGUACCCUACUGUGUCAAGUUCAAUCCCGAUGAAGAUAAGCAAAAUCUCUUUGUGGCAGGAAUGUCUGAUAAAAAGAUCGUCCAGUGGGACAUUCGCAGUGGAGAGAUUGUUCAGGAGUACGACCGGCAUCUGGGGGCUGUCAACACGAUUGUCUUUGUUGAUGAAAACCGGAGAUUUGUGAGCACAUCUGAUGAUAAAAGCCUGCGAGUGUGGGAAUGGGACAUCCCUGUGGACUUCAAGUACAUAGCAGAGCCCAGCAUGCACUCCAUGCCCGCAGUGACCUUGUCUCCAAACGGAAAAUGGCUAGCAUGCCAGUCGAUGGAUAACCAAAUCUUAAUUUUUGGAGCACAGAACAGAUUCAGAUUAAAUAAGAAGAAAAUUUUUAAGGGCCACAUGGUAGCAGGCUAUGCUUGUCAGGUAGACUUCUCACCAGACAUGAGCUAUGUGAUUUCAGGAGAUGGAAAUGGGAAAUUAAACAUUUGGGACUGGAAGACCACAAAACUCUACAGUCGCUUUAAAGCCCAUGAUAAAGUGUGCAUAGGUGCAGUGUGGCACCCUCAUGAAACAUCCAAGGUCAUCACGUGUGGUUGGGAUGGCCUCAUUAAGUUGUGGGAUUAAUGGGAUUAGUCCUUUCACUGUCUGGGAUCAUUUUUGAUCCAGUGUCAUAUUUAACUAUUUAAUUAUUAAAAUGUGUUGGAUGACAGCUUGAUUUAUAGGUAAUCUUUUCUUAUAUGGCCUUAUGAAGUUGGCCUGUUGUUUUUAAGAGCUCUGUAAAUUUGCCUCAGAUAAGUUCAAUAGCAGCUUCACUUUGUUCUUUAUAGAUGUUAUUUAUAUGGAAAAUGACAACUGAUUAUAUUUGACAAGUAGUUACUGUUGGCAGGCAGUUGCGUUUGUCCCUAUGAUGUCACUAAAAGGAUCAUUUUGUAGUCAAGAAAAAAAAUGCCUAUUGGAUAUGGGAUCCCAUGGGAAAUGAUGUAGCUAACAACUCAGAAAGGUACCAGACACUCAGCAACCCAACCCGUCCACCGGGACGGCAGGAACAAACGGACACUCAGCAACCCAACCUGUCCACCAGGACAGCAGGAGCAAACGGACACUCAGCAACCCGUCCACCAGGAUGGCAGGAGCAAACGGACACUCGGCAACCCAUCCACCAGGAUGGCAGGAGCAAACGGACACUCAGCAACCCGUCCACCAGGACGGCAGGAGCAAACGGACACUCAGCAACCCGUCCACCGGGACGGCAGGAACAAACAGACACUCAGCAACCCGUCCACCAGGACGGCAGGAACAAAGGCAGAACCACCUUUAAUUCCCGCUCAUUGAAUCAAGUUCUCUUCUUCUUCAAGUUCCAUUAUUUUUUAUGGCCUGUGUUGUUUAUUUUUACUUGUAAAUUAGUGACUUUCAUUGGCUGCUGCUUUCCUCUAACUAUGAAGCAAUGUAAAAUUAAAAGGCAGUCUGCAGUUCCUUUCUUGACUCUUCCUGAUCACCAGAGACAGGACUGUGUAGAAAGUGAGGUUGUCUCUGACGCUGGAGCCACGGCUUUGGAUGUUACGCGCAAUCACUGUCUGGAAGGCCCUCCGCACGCUCAGAAAUCAGGGUCUCAGGCUCACCUUCACCACUGGGAUGAGUGGUAAUGAGUUCCCGCUGGCCAGACUGAAGGCAGAGUCCAAAAUACCAUUGUAAUGUCUUUGAAGUCACAGUUUUGUCCUUAAAAUCACUCUGUUUUUGCUUGUGAAUAUAAACAGUGAAACUUUUGAAUGUUAGAAAAAUUUAAAUUUCUUUUCAGAUCUUUGAAAAACUAUUGGCACUAUAUAAGAAAAUGCCUGCCCCCCCCCCCCCCCGUUUGAUAGGCCGCCACAUGCCCAACAUCGCACUGCCUAGCCACUGCCGUUUCUGCGACUUCCAGGAAGGGUGGCACAUUGGAGGAAAGAAUUCACACAAAACCUUUCUGUCGUCCCAACCACUGUCUUAACAAAUGUGAGUCACUGGAGUGCAGUGAGACAGACUUCAGCAGCUGUAUUGCAUGUUAAUGAAUUAUCAUUUUGAAAUCUCAACUUCUCUUGCUGUGUUUUUGACUGUUUCUAAACAGAGUAACUGUACAUAAAAGUUUUCUCUUUUUUGAAAAGAUCCUAUUUUUGAAUAAAGCAUUCUUUUUAUAGAAAGUGCU